UAUUGUUUGAUGGUUGGUUUCAGUUGUGAGGAACAGUAAAGUAUUAAAUUUACUUAUGUUACAACAUGGCUGAUUUUCUUGACAACAAUUGGUUGCAACAACUGUCACUGGCCGAGGGAUUUACUGUAGCCGAAGCUGUCGAUGUAAUUGAAAACUUUGUUGAUGACGGGAAUCUCGACACCUCAGACGUUGACAUCUUUAUUGCCCCCCCAGAAAAUGAUAUCCUCACUGAUGAAGACUCUCUGGUCCAGAAGACGAAGGUGGAACUGUCCCGAAUCAACAGAUUGCCAAAAGACUGCCCUCUUUCAUCAAAAAAAGAUAUGCAAAAUGAAUCUCGAGGAAGCUUUCAAUGUAAAAUAGAAAAAGAAGAUGGCAUAUUUGUCGCUCGCUGGAAAGACAAUAGUGUUGUUACAGUCGCAUCGACAUCAUAUGGUAUUGAGCCUAUUGCUAGUGUGAAGCGCUUCUCUCAGUCAGAAAAGAAAUAUCUCCACAUUCAACAACCCUUUGUGAUAAAACAGUAUAAUCACCACAUGGGAGGGACGGACCUUAUGGAUGAGGACAUAAGCACCCACAGAAUUGGGAUCAGGGGAAAGAAGUGGUGGUGGCCUUUGUUUACAUGGCUUAUAGAUCUGGGCACCACUAAUGCUUGGGCGACUUCUCAGAUUGUCAGGGAACAAAAUGACAAAACUGACAUUUUAGAAGAGAAAUAG